ACGGGUGUGUUUCCUCCCACCUUUAUUUCUUGUCCCUGUGUCUGCGAUGCCUGCCUUACUUCAUAGAGUCAUGCACACACUAUUUGGAAAAUCUGGUUUCUUGGCUUAAAAAAAAAUUUAAAAUCCUGUUAUAUGUGACACGUGCAAAAAGCACUUGGCACAUGUUUGAAGGUGCAGCAUUAUAGAACGAGCCCAUCUUCCUGCAGCCGCGUGGACCGGAGCCCCCGGGGUCUCCCGCGGUGUCUGGAAGAAGCCGCCUUAGGACGCGGUGUGCGUGGUCUCCUCACUCCGCAGGGGGCUGUCCACGUAGGUGCGCCACUGCCGACAAGAUCUCCUGCCGUUCGUCUGGUUUUGAGCGUUACAAAAAGCCGCCGUCCUCUGCAGUCCCGUGUGACCCGGCUCUGUGUCUCGGUCAUGCCUAACCCUAACCCUAACCUGUAUGGACGGCAGUGCUGGCCUCCAGGCUUUGCCUGUCUCUGGUCGUCCACAUGCCUGUCCGUCCCCGACUGGUUUGUCUUUGGGGUUUUUCUCCAGGAACAGUGCUGUCCUGGCAGUUCCCGUGUCCGUCCGUGGCGCGGGGAGCAGACCGCUGGGGGGGGCACACGUGGGCCCCACACCAUGCGAUGCGCCCACGGUCUUCCCCGGCGGUUGGCCCGCCGUGCUCCUGCCCCAGGACUGCACGGGCUCCAUCCUGCUAUUUCCACUUCCUCCCUACUUCACGUCUCCUUAACAGCAGUAAUUUUUAAUGCCUGCACAAUACCCUUUGGGGUAGAUGUGCGACAUUUCCCUCCACUGCACGCCUCUACGGGCGUUCCCUUGUCUCUGGCACUCCGGGGUCCUGCGAGAAAUGCGUCUGUGCUCCACACGCCAGCGGCUCCCGGGAACAGACUCGGAGGGGAGCACUUUCAGCUCUCGGGACGUGGGACACCUUGCCUGCUGCUGCUUCACAGGCCUGAGCCUUGGUGGGGGACAAACCGACACGUGUGUGUGCCACGCACACACGCACACAGCCUCCGUGUCUCCUUGUGUGUACACACAAGGUUGAACGCAGACACGUGUGUACACACAGGCGUGCGCCCUGAAAGGCCCUGUGGUAUUAUUUUUGUUACCAGAAAAAGAAAAAAAAAAAAGAGGAAGACGUCCCAAGUCUUUGUCUAUAGAGACUGUCUACAUGUGCGGCGCCUAGAGCCGUCCUCAGGAAGAGGUGUGGUGGACGCCGUACGGACGGGACAAAGGCCUCCCACAGAGUAACGGAAAACGUCCGGCUGAACAUGAUGUCGACUGCGUGACCCUGUUUGCUCCAGCGUGUCCGUGUGCCGUGCGUGUGCCCCGGAAGGCCCCCCGCCCCACCAGCUUUCCGUGCAAGCCCAGGAUUGGCUCCGGGCUGGGGCUGGUGAGGGAACGGGAGACCUCACGAUUUUGCUCUACCCACGUCUGAGUGUCUGACUUUGUAGCAAGCACAUUCCUUUUGGCAUGAAAAGACUCACGGAGAGGACUCGGGAUCUGCCGGUUCACUGUGCCUCGGGCAGGAGGAGAAUCCCGCUUGACUGUAGACCUCCCAGCAUCGCUUUCCCCCUGUUUGGAAAUAGCUUCAGCGCCGGUGAAGGAGCUAAAAACCGUAUUCACUGGCGUUACUGGGUGACGGACACCUUCGAAUGGGUUUCUGUGGGCUCAUUCACGUCGUUUCUUCUCUUAAAGGACAUUGGCCUAGUUAUCUCCUGGGGUCUUUGUGGUUUUUAUGGAAGAGCACAUCACAGAGAAAAUGCGCUUAGCCCUUGCGUGGAGGUCCCCUAAACCUCCUCAUGGACCCUUUUGGAAUAGUUUUUGGGGAGACCAGGAGGCAACAGGAGACCGUCUGGGAUCUGCGCGCAUCACAUCCUGGCGUCUCUACCCCUCCCACCCUCCACACCACCUUGGAGGGCGCGGGGCACUACGUCCAGCUGAUGGAGGGUGCCGCCCUGCCCCCACGACUGGCCUUUCCAAGCUCCCCAGGUCCGUGAAUAGACAUUUCGCUCUAAGAAUACUCUGUCAGCCAAUGUCCCAAUCCCGGUUUGCCUUAAACACCCUAAGCCAAGCCAAACAGUGGCUCGGUGCCAGAGAAUGCCAUUGGUCAACCAGGAACCGGGCCCAGUGGAUGAAGAAACCAGAGAGGAGUGGGGGGCGUCGUCGGGAGGGCGGGAGGAAUCAAAGACAAGCUCCCCUUCCAGUGCCGACGCCCAGCUGCGGUUCCCGGACGGCCCCGGCCUCCUGCAGACCCCACGCUGGGACGAGCCGCAGAGGGCCUGCGCCCUGGAGCAGAUCUGCGGCGUGUUCCGCGUGGACCUGGGGCAGAUGCGCUCCCUCCGCCUCUUCUUCAGUGAUGAGGCCUGCACCAGUGGCCAGCUGGUGGUCGCCAGCCGGGAGAGCCAGUACAAGGUUUUCCACUUCCACCACGGCGGCCUGGACAAGCUGUCCGACGUGUUUCAGCGCUGGAAGUACUGCUCGGAGACGCACCUCAAGGACCAGCAGGUCGCCGACGAAAAGACGUGCAUGCAGUUCUCCAUCCGCCGCCCCAAACUGCCGUCGUCCGAGACGCACCCCGAGGAGAGCAUGUACAAGCGGCUGGACGUGGCGGCCUGGCUGCGGCACCUGAACGAGCUGGGCCAGGUGGAGGAGGGGUACAAACUGCGCAAGGCCAUUUUCUUCGGCGGUAUUGAUGUGUCAAUCCGGGGGGAGGUCUGGCCUUUCCUGCUGCGGUAUUACAACCACGAGUCCACGUCGCAGGAGAGGGAGGCGCUGCGGGCGCAGAAGCGUCGGGAGUACGCUGAGAUCCAGCAGAAGAGGCUCUCCAUGACCCCGGAAGAGCACAGAGCCUUCUGGCGCGACGUGCAGUUCACCGUGGACAAGGACGUGGUGCGGACGGAUCGGAGCAACCAGUUCUUCCGUGGCGAAGACAACCCGAACGUGGAGAGCAUGAGGAGGAUCCUGCUGAACUACGCCGUGUAUAAUCCAGCCAUCGGCUACUUCCAGGGCAUGUCAGACCUGGUGGCGCCCAUCCUGGCCGAGGUCCUGGACGAAUCGGACACCUUCUGGUGCUUUGUGGGUCUGAUGCAGAACACGAUCUUCGUCAGCAGCCCUCGGGAUGAGGACAUGGAGAAGCAGCUGCUCUACCUUCGGGAGCUGCUGCGGCUGACGCACGUGCGCUUCUAUCAGCACCUGGUGUCGCUGGGGGAGGACGGCCUGCAGAUGCUGUUCUGCCACCGCUGGCUGCUGCUGUGCUUCAAGCGCGAGUUCCCCGAGGCCGAGGCGCUGCGGAUCUGGGAGGCCUGCUGGGCCCACUACCAGACCGAUUACUUCCACCUUUUCAUCUGCGUGGCCAUCGUGGCCAUCUACGGGGAUGACGUCAUUGAGCAGCAGCUGGCCGCCGACCAGAUGCUCCUGCACUUCGGAAACCUGGCCAUGCACAUGAACGGGGAGCUGGUUCUCCGGAAGGCCCGGAGCCUGCUGUACCAGUUCCGCCUCCUGCCGCGCGUCCCCUGCAGCCUGCAUGACCUGUGUAAGCUGUGCGGGACCGGCAUGUGGGACAGCGGCUACAUGCCCGCCGUGGAGUGCACGGGCCACCACCCGGGCUCGGAGAGCUGUCCCUAUGGGGGCACCGUGGAGACGCCCUCGCCCAAGCCCCCCAGAGAAGGCAAGAAGGGCCGGAAGACGCCUCGGGAAGGCUUCAGUUUCCGCAGAUAGGCGGGGCUCCCUGCGCUGGCCGAAGGUGGAGGGACCCCCAGAGGGCCUGGGCACCGGGGAGGGGUCGGGGAGGGGUGUGGAGGGGCCAGGGGAGGGUGGAAAGGAAAGGGGAAAGACUUGGGGCAACGGGAAGGGAACCUUUUUGUAUUAACGACAUAAGGCCGGAGAAAAGUCACCUCCCAGAAGAGCAGGGCCAGAAUGUACGGUCCUUCUGCCUGGAGAGGUGGGCUGGCUGGCUUCUCGGGGCGCCUGCCUUUGGCGGGUCUCAGCGUGCCUCAGGGACUCCUCCAGCUCCGUCGGUACUGGGCGGCGCAGCCAGGUGGUGUGAAAGGAGCCGAGGGCCUGCUCACCCAGCAGCACAGGAAGGCAGAGCCGAAGAAGGUCUCGUCCAGCCCAGGGACAUCUUUGUGAGCUGAACGCGCCCCCUCAUCAGGACCCAUUUCCUGAGCAGGCCAGUCUCAGCUUCGCACAGCUUCAAAGCUAAUACGAAGAUGUCUGGAAAAAGAAAAAAAGAAGAAACCCGGUGAUUUCAGAAUAGACAAGUGUAGGAGCAGCCUGAGGGUCUGAGAAGCUGGGGGCUCUUCUGUGUCUGUUUACACAUUUUAUCCUCCUGGGAUGUGAGGCAAUCUGCCUGCCACUGAGCCCGAGACGUGGGCUGUUGGGGGUGGUUGGGCCCUCUCCCACGCUGGGGGCGCGGGUUCUCCAUGAGGGUCUCAGACGUCAAGAUCAGCCUCACCAAACACGGCCGCCAGCUGGGGGCCGCAUGGGUUGGGCCCUGGGCGUGCAGGCGAAAUCCCCACCCUCUGGGGGAGGCUGAGCGCCCGGGACGAGGCAUCGGAGAGGCCUGGAAGGACCUUUGCUUCCCUGCAGGGCCUGCUCGGUGUGACCGUGGGCCUUCGCAGGUGGCCAGGCACAGCGGCGGCGCCGUCAUGUAGCCGGCACUCAGGACACCGCUCCCACCUCCGGAAGAUUUCUGUCGGUUGCUCCUUCUGGGAGUUAGUGACAAUGGACAGAGGAAGGCGUGGGAGCCCCCAGCCGGCUGGAAAGCAUCCAGCUGUCUGCCCAGAAAGCGGUUCUUGAGCUGGUGGGCUCACGGAGGCUUGAAUCCUUCUCGAAUUCUCCUGCACGCCCGGGAAGUGCUGAGAGUCCUGGUGGAGACAGCGCCCUACAGAGGCUUCUUUCCACUCUUCUCCCCGGAGAGCCAGCCACGCUGCUGGUGCCAUGUUGAAAAGAUGUUUUCCGACGGGAGAGAGGAAGUUACCCGCCACCUUCUUUGAAGCUUGUCUGUUUCCAUGAGCUCAAGUCCUCCAGCAUCUCCGAGUUGCCAGAGCCUUCUGGGGAGAGCCCCCUGGAGCCCCCUCAGUCCCCGGGUCCUGGGGGGCUGGCCGUUUCAGCCCUGCAGCAGGGUCCAGGCCGGGUGGGGUGGACUUCUUACGUGCUCUACAUCUGGGAAAGGGGGUUGGAUGCCUUUCUGUGCCGGCCCCCAGUCUGCUGUGGAAAAGAUGCUGUAUCGAUGCUGCGCUAGAAACCAUCUCGCCGUGAGGAGGAGUAUCAGUUAGCCACCCUGCAGCCGUGCUGCGUAGCGAAGAGCCCCCAGACCCAUCUCCCACCCAUGCAGGGUCAGGGGUUUAGACCGGCCACCUCUGGUCUUGGCUGGCCGUGUGCCCACGGCUGGCUCAGAGGGGCUGCUCAUGUGUGUAGAGACCAGACCUGGCACUGUCUCUUGCCUCACCCCGCCCCCGCAAGCUGACCUUGGUCAAGACGAAAGUGCAGAAGCAGAAAUGCACAGGUGCCUUCCCAAGCCUCAGGGGAGGCCACCCUCGCUGUCAUCCCAUUGCUAAAGCAAGUCCCAUGUCUGGACUCAGCAUGCAGGGCUGGGGAGUGGACCUUCCCUUUAGCAAGAGGAGCUGAAUGGUGAUGGCAGGGGGCUGGGAAGUCCGAGGGGGAGGAACUGGGCUGUGGGUAUGUGUACCAUCCCCUCCAGGAGGUUUUGGUCCAAAUAGCCUGUUUGGGAACUCUCCUGUCAGGGGGCAGGACUUCCCUUGGAAAGGCAGGAGAUGCCAAGGGGGUAAAGGAUGCUUCUCAGCUCACACCAUCUAGGAGGCAGCAGGCGCGCAUUUUACUGAGACACCUUGUGCCUUCAGGCUGCUGUGGAUUUGCGGGGGAGGGUGUCCAGGGAUCCCUUCCCUUUGGAGGGUCCUGAGUACAAGGCAUUCAUGCUGAGUUUCUGGGCUCCCACAGCUCCCCAAGACAACAUACCAAGUGCCACCCCACCCUCCUCCCGACGCAUGCCCCUGUGCUGAGCCAGGCCCCCAGGAGACCUGUGCCUCUAGAACAGCCAAAACCUCAGGAACCGAAGCCCUGGGGGUGUGGCGCUUUGAGGAAAGGCUGCUCUGGAGGGCUGGGGAAGGCCGGCCUUGCAGGCUCCCUUCAUCUGGGUGCGUUUAGAGGAAGCCAGCCAAAAACCCUGCGGCCCCGGGAUUCUUCCCAGCCAGCAGAAGGCAUUAGGGUGAUAAUUCCAUCAUUAGACUUCUAGCCUUCCCACCUCCCAAACGUGCAAAUAUGGGAUACACAGCCCGGCACGGCCACUGUCGGUGAUGCUGCUAAUUUAACCCAUUUUUUAAUGACACUUAAUGUUAUUGGCUGGUGUGCGUGCGCGCGCAUACUUAAUUUCCCUCCCGCUAGUGUCUGUGCUGACGUUCCAGGAUGUUGCCGGGGCCCCUGGGAAGAGAGGGAGCCUUUGAUACGCUCCUGCUGGUGUAGAUGGGGCUGCAUGGCAGGGGCAUGGCAGGGGCUCGCCGGCCCAGGGAGGGUUCCUGUUCCCAGAGAGGAAGGGACGGCAGGAGGGUGCUGGGAGGGUGGGGGACACGCAGGCUGGCAGGGUUGCAUGUUGUUAGGUGCAGAGAACAGUGUUCGUAUUCCAGAAGGCUCCAACUCAAGUCCCAGCCAGGAAGAUUUGGAACCCACAAGUUGUGGGAUUUCGUGUCCCUGAGCCCAUCAGUGGGGAGUGGAUGGGGUUGGGAGGGGCCCCUCUGCCCAGAGGACGGUCUGCGGUCCGGAAGGGGUGGCCCAGCUCCCUGGGGGCCUCCGUCUGUGUGCCUUGAGUAGGCGUGUUGUUCUGAUUGGCUGCGUGUCCGGCAGCACGGAGGUUUUCAAAUCCCAGACCUGAAGCACGUGUCCUUUGAGUUAUUUCAUAAGAGCCUAACCCGAAGCCCCAUCCAGGGAGGGCAGCCGGACAGGACAAAGCUUCUGGUCCUAAGGCGGUGGCUUCUCCCAGGCUAGGUGACGGGGGCUGGCAGAGGUCAGCCGCACUGAUCUUUGACAGGUGGGCUUCCAGAAAUGGGGCAAAGACUGGGGGCCAUCGUGGUGGGGGGUGAUGCUCUGUGGCUUCCCCCUUGGUUUUGGGGAGGUCUCUCCAAGCUCUCGUGGCCAUUCCUUGUUUGGUAGACAUGACCUGGAGCGUGGCAGGCUCAGGAUGAAGGGCAUGUGCUCACAGCAGAGCCCCGCAGAAGCCUCAGUCAUCUGUCUGGCCUCCCCUCCCCCGCAGGGAGGCUGGCAGGUGUCAGGGACACCAGGGUUCACGCGGCAAAGAGAAGGAAGCCUUUCCAGUUUGCCCAGCAGAGGCCCCUGGUGGCCACCCUGUAGGGAGGAAGGAAGAGGCAUUCCCCCAGGAAGACCCACACAUGUGCAGGGGUGUGGACUGGGCCAGAGGAGGUGGCCUGAGGCCAAGGGAGGGACGGGAAGGUCCGGCCUGAGGCUGCGCAUGCCACAUCCCCAGACACUCUAGGGAACCAGACCCAGGAUCCCCUGAGGCCGGUGUUUCUAAGCCACACCGCAAGGCUGUCCCUUGGAGUGAAAACAUUCUGUCCCUGGAUGUUCCUGGCUCAAAGGGAACAGCCCCAAAAUAAACAGCUCAUGUCCUCCCAAGUUGUGAAGGCUGAGGCCUGGGCUCCCUCUAGGGGGUGAGUGGGGUCGAGCCUCAGUUUCCCCAUCUAUAAAAUGAGAAGGUUGACACCCGCCACUCAGGGAAGAGACCACUGAUCUUGGCCUUCAGCAGCCUUGCCCGAGAGCCCGCAACGUGCCCCCUGGCUCCAGAGCUCUCCCUGCUUUGGGAGUCAGCAAACCCAUUCCCUCUCACGCCCACCUUGCUGCGUACCCGGCCGACGGGAAAUCUCUCUGUGCCUCUUCUGUAACAUUCACCCCACAUCCUCCACUCCUGCCACCAAGAAAAGUCAACCAUGAACCAUAACCUCAACACCCCUGCAAGGCGUCUGCGUAGGCGUGCAAGGCUCUUCCGCGGGAAUGUGGUCCAUGCAGGCAAGGUCUUACCCUUCCACAGAAACCCCCCGAGCGGGGACUCUGGCCUCCUGGGUCAGUACUGUUGGACCCCGGGGGGGCCUCCCUCGGCCUCCAGGGAGCAGGGCAGGGGUGCACGCGGCCUGCGGGCAUCUGGCCCUUUAAAUAUGUGGCAUUGAAUUUCGAGGUGGGACAGGCACCUUCAGAGCCCAGGGCCCUCCUCUCUCCAGCGGCUCUGCUCGGAGGGCAGGGCUCUGCCUUGAUCAUGUCCACUUUGAUCGACAGAUUACUCUUGUUCAUGGCAAGCAAUUCUUUGUGUUUUGUUUUGUUUCGUUUGUGAAUACAAUCACCUGUCCGUUGGGCCCCACCCCCAGCCCAGGACUGGUCACCACCACCCCAGCCGUGCUUCCGCCUCCUGUGGAUUCCCCUGAAAAGUAAAUAAAUCACACUGACAACAGACA